CGCAAACACAAUUUCGUUCAAAUAAUCUAUAAUAUUAUACCCACCAAAGACGUUAACUACUUAACUGUCCCUAUUAAAUCUGAGAACGUAAUUGUGCCGCUAAAAACUAGUUAAAUAAAUAAUAAACCAAAUGAAGAUAACUAUCUAGGACGAACAUAGCUCUCAAAAAAAGCUCAGCAUCGGAAAUCUGAAAGCUGAACCGCUGAAGCGAGCAAAGAUGUUGUCUGCAACAAUUAGGUAUGACGUCCCCAAAUUCACUUUCCCCUGUUCCCUCCCUCGCAAGUUCCUUGUUCAUACUCGUUCGUCUAAUCCUCGUACCAUCCACAAUGCUCCCUCGUGAUUCAAUUUCUUGCUUCACAUGCAUCCCCCACCCUACAUUGUUGAAAUUACUGAGAUUUUAGUAGCAAUUGUGAAAAUGAAACAUUAUCACGCUGUUAUUUCACUCUGGGCACGAGCGGAGCCAUGUUCUGUUACUGUCAGCAUUUGGAUCAAUUGUUACUGCCAUGUGGGUCGGAUGGACUGUGCUUUCUCUGUGUUAGGGAAUGUUCUCAAGAUGAGUGGUAAAACAACAUCAGCCAUUAAAUUGCUACGAAAUAUGGAUCAAUUAGGAAUUAAGCCUUAUGUGGUUACGUACAACACAAUCAUUGCUGGUCUCUGCAAAGAUGAACUUGUCAGUUACAACUCUCUGAAGCUGCUUUAUUUUUCAACAUCCUCAAACUAUUAUACCUUCAGCAUAUUGAUUGAUGCAUUUUGUAAGGAAGGAAGGACCACAGAUGCUAGUGCUAUGUUUGCUAAGAUGGUGAAGUUUGAUGAGGAACCUAAUGUUGUCACUUACAAUGCUUUGAUGGAUGGAUAUUGUUUAACUAACAACGUUAAUGAGGCAAGCAAAGUAUUUGAUAAGAUGCUCAGACGUGGUUUGGAACCAACGGUUAUUACCUAUAACGUCUUAAUCAAUGGGUAUUGCAAGAUAAAAAUGGUGGAUAAUGCCAUGACUCUCUUUAGAGAAAUGCAAACUAGAAAUUUGAUGGCUGUUUCAAUCAGAAAGAAAUUCAUGUGUUCAAGAUCUUGUUUAUGCCAUACACGAGAGUGGUCACCGCCUGAUAUAAUUACGUACAAUAUUUUAUUAGAUGGAUUUUGCAAAAGCCAGCUUCUUGAUGAGGCAAUAACACUAUUGAAACGAAUUGUCAAGCAAAGGAUUCAUCCUAAUGUGUACACGUACACUAUCCUUGUUAAUGGUUUGUGCAAAGUCGUUAGGGUAACUGAUGCAUUGGGUAUUUUUCAAUAUCUGCUAGCUAAAGGCUGUCAUCUAAACUUCAAAGCAUACACUGCUAUGAUCAGAGGACUUUGUAAAGAGGGCUUGUUUGAUGAUGCACUGAAACGAAUGGCUACCUACCUGAUUUUAUAACUUAUGAAACAAUGAUUCGAGGUGUUGUGGAAGAAAAAGAAAAUGAUAAAGUGGAAAGGCUUCUUCAUGAAAUGAUCGAUAGAGGUCUGAUAAAAAAAAAAGUAAAAAAAGAUGAGGAGCUAUAUCUCAAAUUCAAGUUAUGCAUUUGUUGAUGUUGAACAAGCAUGAAUGGUUGGCACAGGCCUAUAUAUUUUGUGUCAAAGAAAUUGUGCUGGGCAUGAAUAGUUUAAGCUUUCACUCCUUGAGCAUAUGAUUGUGAUCGUUCUAAUGGUUCAGAAAUAUAGCCAAAGAACUUCAUAAUGGCAUUCACUACUAUAGAAAUUGCCAAAUAUGACACUUAAUACUUGUUGUUUAUUUAAAAUGACACCCUGUACUUCACGAUGAAAAUACCUCAAAUAUUGGUAAAGAUAAUCGUCAUUCGUCAAGUAUUGAUAUUUCUAUAGUAGUGAUUUCUAUGUAUGCUGGUUUCAUAUUUUUCCUAUAGGUUGUUUGUCGAUUCAAAAUUUAUGGUGGACCAUUCUAAUGUAUUUUACCACUACGCCGGGUUCCAUCCUUUCUGUUUUCUUGGUUAAAAUGGCAAGCUGAAGCUUGAAAGAAACUAGAACAAAAGUUCAAGUAAAGUUAACUUUAUCAGACAACAGCAUUUCAGCACAGUUCAUGGGGCAAGUCCCAGCAACAUGGUGUCGCUACCUGCUUCAUGAGCCUUUUUCGCCUGGGAAUAUAGCUGAUGGAGAUAUCCCAGUCACUGUAGACUUAAUCUCUGCUCUCGCUGAUUAGAUGUCUAAGUGGGUGACAAUAACCACAAUCUCUGAAGAUAAGAUUCAAAGCUUCAACAGAGUCCGAGAAAACCCGUAGUCUAGGAGCUCCUUCUUGCUUGCACACCUAUAACGCUGUUCUGAUGGCUAGUAAUUCUGCUUCCAAGAUUGAAACCGUGCCAAUUUAAAACGGAUUUGUUCACCUGUAACGCUGUUCUGGUUUUGAAACCAUGUUGUGAGUUCCAUCCUUUCUAAAUCCGGAUUUGUUCUCUUGUAAUAUUAUUAUCUUUGUCCAUAGGUAUCUUGGUUUCACAGUAGUAUGUCACGGAUGAUAUCUCCGUGACCGUGUAAAGACCAAGAUAAUGAACGAUCCGCUGGUUAGCCUCGCACAAUAUGGGUAAAGGGGGCAACAUUAGCAUUGGGGGUGUUCUGCCUCAGUCUUCAGACUGUGUGCACAACUGGUCGGGGCUAGUGCCGCCUCCCUGAUGAGCCCAUGGCAGGGCGAAACCAGUGUGAUCCGUAUGUGGUAAGGCUUGUCCUGAGGAUUAUGGGGUCCUCCAGGAUGCCGCACGGGCGCCGUGUGCUGCGCCAGACUCUCAGCCCGUGACAGAGUGGUAUCAGAGCAGGACGUACUUUACUGUCGUGUGCGCGUGGGGUCCCACGUUGGGACUGGUCGGCCUCGGCACCGCUCCAGAAAGGCCUCCAAGCAGGUGGGUCCAAAAGUGGGGACUCGGGCGGGAAGGUUGGCCGUUGUCGACUCCACUCCUGUUGGCUCGCGGGUGCGAGUGGGUCCGAAGAGUGCAGGACUCGGGUGGCCACUCAGCAAGUAAGCUGAUGUGUUUGUGGCAGUACUGUACGUACGAUCCUUGGGCGGAGUCGUUCUCCCCUAGCACGAGGGCGUGCUAGAUUGGGUGUGGGAGAAUGUCACGGAUGAUAUCUCCGUGACCGUGUAAAGACCAAGAUAAUGAACGAUCCGCUGGUUAGCCUCGCACAAUAUGGGUAAAGGGGGCGACAUUAGCAUUGGGGGUGUUCUGCCUCAGUUUUCGGACUGUGUGCACAACUGGUCGGGGGCUAGUGCCGCCUCCCUGAUGAGCCCAUGGCAGGGCGAAACCAGUGUGAUCCGUAUGUGGUAAGGCUUGUCCUGAGGAUUAUGGGGUCCUCCAGGACGCCGCACGGGCGCCGUGUGCUGCGCUAGACUCUCAGCCCGUGACAAGUAGCUACCUUCCUUGGAAAUAGGACAAUUUAAAACGUGUAUAUGUAUAGAUAAGAGUGGGUGCACCCUCAGAUCUUAAUUAUAACUGCUGUUAUUUUAUAUUAUAGGCAUAUUUUAGUGCCAGGGGAAUAAAAGAAAGUAGAAGUUGUUGGUUGCCUCCCUUGUUCUGCUAAUACAUCUUCCUCUGUUCUCACGGAAUUAUUAUUUAUAUUUUUCUGAAUGUACAUGCAAAUGAAUAAAAUUGAAUGAAUGAGUUUUUUUUUUAUUAAAACUGAAUGAGUGUCAAUGUUGG